AUGUUGAUUCCAUUUGAGGAUGAAGUUAUAUAUGUGGCUAACAUCCAGGCACAACCUCCAGGACAAGUAUUUAAUAUUGAGGUUGAAUUGUCCCUUGCAAGUAAGGAUCAACGCUUUAGUGUGUUCUUAUGCUCAAAUUGUAAGCAAUUGUUCACGAGAUAUAAUGUGCGAAGAGAAAUAUACUGCACAAGUUGUCACCGAUCCACACAUCUUAUUCCUAGAUGUCAAUUUGAAGUUACUAUUAAGGACAACAACGAUUUUGCAACAGCUAUUGUUUCGGAUGAAAUUGCAGAGAAAAUAUUGCACCUCACUUCAGAAGAAAUUUAUGAAAUUUUCUUCGUCAAGAAAGAAACAUUAUCCCUCCAAAAUGUGAAAGAUGAAUUGAACGGCAAGAUAUUUAACAUUCAAAUAAAAAGGCUAUUCACAAAAAAAUUGGAUGCAACGCAAAAAUUAUCCAUUUUGUCUUACCUGGAGAAACAAGAUGUGAUUCAUAAAUCAAUGGCAUCUACGACAGUCAAUAUUACAGAUGCGAAAAAGCGCACAAUUGAACAUCUUAGUUCAGGGAAAAAGAAUAUCCAAUUGGAACACUUUUGUUGUGCUUCUCGAAACAGUCAUUUUUUGCACUCUUUUGCUGCUGCCACUGUAUGCCGUGUUUUUCAAGCUUUUGAUGUUGCUAUGUGGAUGCCUUAUGUUCCUGUGAUUUUGAUCAAAGAUGAUCCAGAAAAUCCAAGCAUGAAAGAUGUGAUUUUGAUCAAAGAUGAUCCAGAAAAUCCAAGCAUGAAAGAUGCAUCUGUUUUUGUCUAA